ACAGAGAAAACGUCGUUUUGGAGUGUUUGGGGCAGCUGCGAGGUUUAAUUAAUCCGGUCGCCUCCGCCACCCUCGCCUCUGCCCGCACAGCGCUUCCGCUGAGCGCUGCAAACAGCAGGCAGCCCGCCGCCGCCCUCCGUCUCCGUCCGCAGCUUUUAAGCAGGUAAGCGAGACGGCAGACCUAUAAUUCUUUUGCAGCCCUAGAUUAGAUGCAAAAAUAAAAGGAAUAUUUUUUAUGGACAUAAGAAAGCUUCUAAAAGCAUCGGCCGAAGCGAAAAACCUCAAAUUCGGCAAAAUCAUCCACGCCCAUCUCAUUGUUAUCAACCAGAUUUCACGAAACCGCGUGAUCGAGAAGAACUCGUUGAUCAAUCACUAUUCAAAAUGCGGUGAUUUAUUGAGUGCACGCGUACUGUUCGACAAAAUGCGCAAGAGGAAUGUCGUUUCUUGGGGUAGCAUGAUGUCCGGGUAUUUGCAGCAUGGAUACGCUCAGGAAGUUGUGGAGCUGUGCAAGCACAUGGUUAAAGUUGAAAAACUAAGCCCAAAUAAGCACGUGCUGCCGAUGGUUCUUUCCUCGUGUUCCAGCUGUGGAUUGCUGGAUGAAGGCGAGCAAUGUCACGGGUAUGCAUUUAAGUCUGGCUUGAUAUUUCAUCAAUAUGUUAAGAAUGCACUUGUUUACCUGUAUACGAUGUGUUCUCAUCUGAAAGCGGCAAUGCGAGUUCUUGAUUCGUCUCCAAGAUUGGAUCUUUGCACCUAUAAUAUUUUGUUGAAUGGGCUUUUGGCACAGGGGGAUAUGAACGAGGCGUCUUGUGUUUUGCGUAGGAUGAUUGAGGAAUUGGAGUGGAGUAGGUGGGAUGGCAUUACUUGUGUUAAUGUUUUCGGUGUUUGUGGCCAUCUUAAGGAUUUGAUAUUGGGAAGACAAGUUCAUGGAAGAUUGUUGAAGAUUGGUUUGGAUCAUGAUUUGUUCGUGGGUAGCGCCACAAUAGAUAUGUAUGGAAAAUGUGGCGAUGUUUCAUCGAUGAGAACUGUUUUUGAUGUGUUGAGAGCAAGAAAUGAGGUCACUUGGACAGCUGCUCUAACUGCUUAUUCGCAGAAUGAAUGGUUUGAAGAAGCGCUUAAGCUGUUUCUAGAAAUGGACCGUGAAAAUGUUGUACCAAAUGAAUACACAUUUGCUGUGCUUUUGAACUCAUGUGCUGGUUUGUCGGCUCUUGGGUAUGGCAGUUCAUUACAUGCACGCGUUGAGAAGGUGGGGUUGAAGCAUGACACUGUUGUUGGUAAUGCUUUAAUUUACAUGGCUUCAAAAUGUGGGCUCAUUGAUGAUGCACAUAGUUUGUUUGAGAGCAUGUUAGAUCGUGAUGUCAUAUCAUGGAAUUUGAUGAUAACUGGUUACUCAUGUCACGGGCUUGGCAUGGAAGCCCUUGGUGUGUUUCAACAGAUGUUGAGUGAAGGGAAGCAACCGAGUUAUGUAACUUUUGUCGGGGUGCUCUCUGCUUGUAGCUUGUUGGGGCGAGUUGAUGAAGGUUUCUAUUAUCUGAAUCAUAUGAUGAGAGAAUACAGCAUUGAACCCGGGUUAGAGCACUACACCUGCAUUGUUGGGCUUCUUGGUAGGGCACGUAGGCUAGAUGAGGCGGAGAAGUUCAUUAGAUCAAAUCCAAUAAGACAGGAUGUUAUUGCUUGGAGAACCUUGCUCAAUGCUUGUCUCGUUCAUCAGAACUAUGGUUUAGGAAAGAAAGUUGCGGAUAUACUGCUGGAGAUCGGCCCAGAUGAUGCUGGCACGUGUAUCCUGAUGUCGAAUAUGCACGCCAGAGCCAAGAGAUGGGAUAAAGCGUCUGCUGUGAGAAAAUUGAUGAGAGAAAGGAACACAAAAAAAGAGCCUGGUUUGAGCUGGAUAGAAAUUAGAAAUGAUACACAUGUCUUUGUCUCGGGUGAUACGAAUAAUGUGGAGUCUGUUCAAAUUCGUGAGAAGGUGAAGAAAUUGUUGGCUGAGAUUAGAACUCUGGGUUAUGUUCCAGAUAUUGUCACGGGGCUGCACGACGUGGAGGAGGAACAGAAAGAGGAUUGGCUCAGUUAUCACAGUGAGAAACUGGCCAUAGCAUAUGCGCUCAUGAAAUCACCUCCCGGGGCACCCAUUCGUGUCAUGAAGAACCUUAGAAUGUGCGAUGAUUGCCACUCUGCAGCUAAAUACAUCUCAAAGUUCACGAAUAGAACCAUAAUUGUAAGAGAUGCAAACCGGUUUCAUCGUUUCAGAGAAGGUUUAUGCUCGUGUGCUGACUACUGGUAAACAAAGUCCAUCUAAUUCAUAUGGUUGGAGAUUAAGGGGGACUUGGUCUACUAUAGGCCUUUUUUAUACUAUAGUCCUUUUUUAUCCUGCCAUGUCCCGGUGGAAGAUGUGGAUUCCUUAGUUGUUUGGAAGCAGCUUUCGCAAGUAAUGAAAUCCUCGUCCCACUACAUCCUCGCCCCACCUUCAAGACUCUGGCAGGCUAAGGUCAGGUGAUGGAAGAAGAAAACAUAGCAAUAAAAUUGAGAAAAUCAUGAACGAUUGGCUGGAAAGAGUUUCAGAGGACGAAGCCAAUCAUCAUUGAUCACGGGCUGUAUAUGACCAAGAAGACUGAUGUGAUUUGGAUCACACAGAGGAGAAGUGCGCCAACUGCUUUCAAGCUCUUUACAGUCUUCUGCAUUUCAGGAAGGAUUCCUUUGAGCUAUUUAUCGAUCACCUUGAGUGUAGGGUCAAAUUUUUGGUUUCCAACUACAUUCUUCCCAUGAACAGAUGGCAUGCGCGGCAUCUUUGCAUUUGGCAGCGGUAGAUGGAUUUUAUUUUUGAACAGAUUUUUAGAUGCUAUGCCUCGUUUUACAAAGGGGUCUGCUGCUGCUUACGAUUGAGUGAUUCGACGGUAGACUUCAAAUUUUGAUGCUGGUCUAGCCAUGUCAAGAAUUUCCUUUUAAGCAUGAGAUACAAGUUGAGGUCUAUGUCGUGGAUUAUGAAGUUUGAGAUGGUUAGUAAUUAUGCCUUUUUCACUGAUGCGUUAAGAGUGGCAUUCUUAUCGUUUUUCUUGGGUAUUUCUGCUUUGCCAGUUUUUACCUUUUUGUGGUCGUCUAUUGCUUUGUAGCUUUGCAUUCAUUUUUGUUUUUCCGUUGUAAUAGACGAGUACUCUUUUUCCUUUAUUGGUGUUUUUCCCACGAGGUUUUCGGUUAAUGAGACUCCGGCCCUUAGUUAGCGUCUAUGUGCUUUCAAGGGUUUAUUAGAUUACUUUUUCUUUAUAAAAUUUUUCUAUUUCAACUUC